AUGUUCCCAAUGGAGGAGGGUGUACUCGAAGGCCCAUGGAACAUUCGAGGCAAGAUCGUGCUGUUGGGAAACUUCGCAUCCAAGGUAUAUGUUUUCCGGACGCUGCCUUGUCAUAUGAUGAAGCAGAACGCAGGCUCAUACAUUCGCGCAGGCAACGAUCAACCCCCGCCUUGGCGAAAUGCUCAUGUUGAAGGCGUCUGUCAGUUUGUGAACGAAUUAACAGAUUUUCUCCUGGAGACUCCAGCGCCCAGCACCGAAGAUAUCAUGGGAGUGUUCACCAGGUUCGAGAGAAAGAGCGGCCUCGUGCCGAACUGA